AUGCUUUUAGUUGUUUUAAUACAAUAUGUUUGUGUUUUUAUGUUUUUAUACGUGAUACAUGUACUAUAUAUAUCUAUUUUAUUUGAAAUGUUUAGUUUGCUUGUUUUUUUACUUCUUAUCACAUCUAGAUUUGGAUUUAAAAUACUUGUUUUAUGGUAUUACUAUAUGAUAAAUUUGAUCAGUUUUUUUCUUUUGAUUAUGCUUUUAUACUUUAUGAUUUUAAAUUACUGUUAUUACUUAUGUGACUUCUGUUUUCUUAUUUUCGAUGAAGAAUGGUUAGGUACCAUAUGUUUGAUGUAUAUUUUACUUAUUAUAUUUAAACUCUAUACUAGUAUUCUUAUUACAUAUAUGGAACAAUUAUAUAUUAGGUUAGGUGUUUUUAUUUUUAUUUAUAUGCUUACUUUUUAUAUAUUAUUUUGCUUUAUUUUGAUUAUUAUUUUAAUUAACUUUAUAUAUUUUUUAUAUUAUUUUAAUUAA